AUUCUUAAUUAUUGGGAGAAGUAUUUAAAAUAUGAUGUUCGAUAUACUUCAAGUAGGAGAUAUUUACAUUAUUUUAAUGAUAUUACAUAUACACCAUGGCCAUUUCACAUUAGUAUGAUUGUAUUUUUAUCUUUAUUUUUCUGCGUACUAUAUUUACACCAUUUUGCAUGGGCAGGUAAAGCGGCACUGGCUACUUUUUUUAUUAUGUUGGUACCAAUUUAUUAUUGGAUUUUAGAAUUACACUAUGAUAGUGUAUAUUUAGGUAAGUUUAAUUUUAAAGUAAGAAGAGCAAUGGUAGGUGGUUUCUUAUUGUUCCUUAUAUCUGAAGCAGCUGUAUUUGCAAGUUUUAUAUGGGCAUAUUUUGAUAGAUAUUUUCACACUCCAGCACAAAUAGGGGGAACUUUAGCUCCACUGGGAGUAGAACUAGUAUCAUGGGAUGCAUAUCCAUUAUGGGGUUGUUUUGUGUUAUUAGCGUCAGGGUGGGCAUGUAAUCAAGCUUACUAUGCUGCGCGUGGUGGAUCCAGUACUGUUUUUUAUCUAUGGAGUGUGUAUGGAAUAGCAUUAGGAGUUAUAUUUGUAUUAUUUAUACAAUUAUCAGAAUAUGUAUCAACCAAUACGUUAUCCAUUUCAGAUAGUGUCGUUGGUUCUUGUUAUUAUCUAAUAACAGGUUUUCAUGGAUUACAUGUAUGUAUAGGUCUAAUUUUUUUAUCUCUUGCAACAGCCCAAUUAGAUAAUUAUAGUAUAGAUAGAGAUAGAAUUCUAGUUUAUGCAUUAGCUUUAACAUAUUGGCAUUUCGUUGAUUGGAUUUGGCUAUUUGUAUAUCUUUUUUUAUAUGUAAUUAAUGGAAAUAUAAUGUAUUACGAUGUAAAUUUAAUUAAUAGUUAUUGGAAAUAG